AUGGUCUUGGCCGAUCUCGGACGCAAGCUCAACCAGGCCAUCUCGUCCUUGUCGGCGUCGUCACCGAUCGAUGAAGCUGUAAGCCCCUUGUUGUAUAGCAUUUCCAGCGGCGAUUGACCCACCCCCCACUGCGCUCCUCGCCCCUCCUUCCCCGACUCCAUCCCCGCUCCUCGUGGCUGCCCCCCCCCACGAACACCCUCCCCCCUCCCCUUCCUCCAACAGGCCCUCGACCUCACCUUGAAAACGGUCUGCACGGCGCUCCUAGAAUCGGACGUGAACGUGCAGCUCGUCAAACGGCUGCGCGACAAGGUCAAGACGAUCGUCCUGCCGCCACUGGUCGAGUUGCAGACCAGAGAUGGUAACCAGACCGAUGCGGUCGCCGGUCAGAAGGGGAAGCAAUUGAUACAUAAGGUGCGUGCGCGGAGCUGGUAGGGGCGUCGGGGGCUGUGGGGGACGUAGAAGAGGCCGAGACGGCGACGGAGACGGGCGUGAAGCCGAGCAGGGAGGGCUGACCAGACGUUCCGAGUCGUAUAGACUGUGUUCGAUCAACUCGUCGCACUCGUCGAUCCGGGAGAUGAUGCACCACCGGCGUUCAACGUAAGUCGCAAGUGGCCCAUCGUCGAGUCGCGCACUGUUGGGAACACGCUAGCUCACCCGGCCGGCCACCUUUCACUGCACGUCCGUAGCCCAAGAAAGGUCGCACCAGUGUCAUCAUGAUGGUCGGACUGCAAGGUGCCGGUAAAACAACGACAUGUACAAAGGCGAGAAAGCAAGAUCUCGAGAAUGCUUCGGCCCGACCUCCCCCGAAGAAGAGCUGACACAAUCUUCAUCACUCCCGUCCCGUUCAGCUCGCGACACAUUACACUCGGAGAGGAUUCAAGACGGCGCUCGUCUGUGCCGAUACGUUCCGAGCCGGUGCUUUUGACCAACUCAAACAGAAUGCCGUCAAAGCCAAAGUACCCUUCUUCGGCUCGUACGUAUCCGGCGAAAGCUUUUCCCUUCCCUUCGAGAGCUCACGCCUUGGGGAAUCCUUCCCGGCCACUCACAGCUACACCGAAACAGAUCCGGUCUCUAUCGCUCUCUCGGGUGUGACCAAGUUCCGUUCUGAGCGCUUCGAAGUCAUCAUCGUCGACACGUCCGGUCGGCAUCGACAAGAGAGCGAGUUGUUUGAAGAAAUGGUGCAAAUUUCGGAAGCGGUCGAGCCGGACAUGACGGUGCUCGUGUUGGAUGGAGCGAUCGGUUCGUGAUCCCGUGUUUGCUGGAGUACAGUGUCAUAUUUUGACGAUGGACUGUUGCUCUCACAGGUCAAGCCGCCGAACCACAGUCGAGAGCGUUCAAGGAUGCUUCCAACUUUGGUGCCAUCAUCGUGACUAAGCUCGAUGGACAUGCCAAAGGUGGAGGAGCCAUAUCGGCGUGAGUGGCCCGAAUGGAUCCGAAAUCAGGUGUUUCUCGAUAGGAAGCUGCUGAUUGUGCUCCCCUCUGCUUAGCGUCGCGGCCACCAAAACACCCAUCAUUUUCAUCGGCACAGGAGAGCACCUCCACGAUCUAGAGAAAUUCGCCCCUCGACCUUUCAUCUCCAAGAUGCUCGGCAUGGGUGAUCUUACGGGUCUCGUGGAGCAUGCGCAAGAGAUGGCAAAGGCGAACCCUCAACGACGGGAGAACCUGAUGAAGAAGUUGGAGAAGGGCGAGUUCACGAUUGCGGAUCUGAAGGAGCAGAUGGCUACCAUCACGGGGAUGUGAGUAUCAGGACCACACUUCACAAUUUGCAGGGUCCGUCAUCUAACCUCGUUGCGCUCCAUCACGCCAGGGGGCCGUUAUCAAAACUGACAUCAAUGAUACCUGGAAUGGGGGACAUGAUGGGCGGUAACGCCGACGAAGCGGCCAAGCGAAUGCGUCGUAUCGCCUUCAUCUUUGACUCGAUGACGCAGGAAGAACUCGCCUCCGACGGGAGUCUGUUCCGGCCAUUGAAGAAGGGGGAGAAGAAGAAGGAAUCGACCAAAACCAAGGCCAAGUUUUCAAACGCGGCGACCACAUCUCGAUCCGUUAAAGGCAAGGACAAGGAGAACGCUUCUACCGUGGCGAAAGAAGAGAAGAAGGUCGAAGAGAAGGACUUGCCCGAGAUGGCGCCGAGGGAACCGAAUCCGAGGGUGCUGCGCAUCGCUCGAGGGUCGGGGACGACAGUCGAUGAAGUCGAGGAGUUGUUGGCGCAACACCAGAUGUUCUCUGGAAUGGUCAAACAGGCGGGUGGGAAGACUGGGUGGGCUUCGAGAAUGCAACAACAGCAAGCAAUGGCUGCUCGGAGAGGGGGAGCGGGGGCAGGGAUGGGAGGGAUGCCACCGAUGGGUCCGGACGGGAUGCCCGAUUUGUCCAAAUUGACGCCCGCGCAGCAGGAGCGUAUGAAUCAGAUGAUGGGACAAAUGAAUCCGGGGAUAAUGUCCCAGAUGGCGAGCUUGAUGGGCGGGGGAGGCAUGCCGGGGAUGGGCGGGGCAGGGGGAAUACCGGAUAUGUCCAAGUUGAUGAGCAUGUUCGGGGGUGGAGGCGGGGCGAGAUGA